AUGAAGCGUUUAGCUCCAUUCUUUGACCACUACCGCACGUGGACUGCGCUGUACGGAGCAGAAACAGGUGGUACUGGAAAUGCUCUAACUAAGCAUCAAGAUCUGCGAAACAUCAUUGAGAAACUGCAUGCAAAUCCAGACGUACCUCGAGCCGAACUUGCACGAAUCAUAUUCUCCGCCCAACCAACCUCACAUCCUCCAUCACCCUCAUUCAGCGAUCGGGAGAGAGCCUUAAACCUUGCGGUACGAGUCUCGGCAAUGAUUAAUUGCUCUGCAGUCUAUCAAGAUCUUGGGGUUCUUGAGCACGGGCUGUUGCGGCAACAUUGGCGAGGUGAUAUAAGUUACAGCCAGUUUAUGUCCUUAUUGUUUCCACAAAUCGACCAUCCUACCGUCAAUGAGGACGAUUCCGGAAAAUUGCCCGGCUUCAGGACCGAAGUCACAGCGCGGAAAUUGAAGAAGCGUGCGAGGCUGCGGUUCCAGCCGACAGAUGACUUGAGAUGUCACCUUCAGUUCCACCGCAAGACUAGGACCGUGGACAUAUUUCAUCACACUGCGUUCCUGAAAGAACAACUCAGACUCACAAGGGAUGGUGCUGGCGAUCUGUUGCUGAGUGAGAGCCUGAAGCUAGGAGCACUGCCUCGUCAACUUAUCCUCGAAGUUCUGGACUCAAUCCAAAAGGUCCUCUUUCCACUCGCGGACGAGAAAUCCUAUGCUCUCCUGCAGUCACUCGUGUCAAGCUCUGGAUUUGAUCCGGACUGCCUUCGCUUUGAAUCCACAUCUAUCCGCACGGCUGAAGAGACGAAUAUUUCUUACCACUACCUCGGUGCCCGCCUCGCCGAGCUAUAUGAGGAAUCGAAGAACCCAACUCCGCAUUCGUUGUUCGACAAAUGGCUAGAGCGAAAAAGCAGCGCCCGGCACGUCAUGCUCGCGACAUUGGUCGGCGUGUUCAUCGCCAUCGUGCUUGGAAUUCUGAGUCUGGCUGUGUCACUUUACCAGGCGUAUGUCGGGUACCAAGCCUGGAAGCAUCCUGUGCCGGCCAAUUAA